AUGGCUUACUCGUCGGCCCAGUUCCGUCAGGCGUACGCGAUUCCAUUCGCAUCGUAACUUUGACGAUGGAACUUCAUUAUCGAAGCGAGAUUUCAGUUUUGCUGGUUGUUCAGUGGCUGUUGUUGUUGUUGCGCUUGUGUUUGUCAGAUCUUUUCAUCUGUGUGUGUGAAAGUCCUGUUAUUUUGGGUGAGAAAUUGUGUGAUUGAAUGGUGGAAAACAGCCAGUUGGAGUUCGUAUGUGUAUGAGUUUGUUCUCCAUUUCGGUUCAGAAAUAUGAAGUGUUAUUGUUGUAAAAACUUAUUACGCGCGUAAUUUAAAUAAAGUAGAUCAUUCAUCGUGAAAAAUAAUAUCUCACCGAGUUUGUACGUUUGAUGAAUCAUUCAGAAGCUACACUGAAUCAAGCUCAAAUUUGCAAAGUAAGAAAAGCGACAAUGCUGCAAGCUUUUAUACUUUUUUUUUUUUUUUCUUUUAAUUUAUCUCAAAACUUACUUUUUUCUUUUCUCUUCUUUCAGAGUGAAACACGAAAUGCGUUUGUUGAUCACUUUGGUUUCUAAGGUAUUCUUGUCGAUUUCAAUUGCAAAUGAACAUAAUCUGAUCGUCCGAUCCUGCUUAUUUCAGGUGUGAUUUAACCCAAAAGAAAAGAAAAGAAAAAUAUCCAAAGAUCAGUGGAAUCGCGUUCAGGAAUGUUCUGCCUAAGAGGAAGGAACAGCGGCGACACGAAACUUGAAGGAAUGUUAAAGCAGGAUGAUUUCGGCUGGUGGUUGAACAACGAAGACAAUCCAAAGUCGUCGAGAACCGCUCGCAGCAAAGAUCGUCAAUCUGCAGGAUCGACCGAGUCGAUGUUUUCUUGCGUGGACUCGGACGAUAGCGACAGUUAUUUCCUCGCGCAGGAGUUCAAACAGGAAUGCAACGACAAUUACGAAAAGAUAGAGCUGACGUCGUUAAUUAACGAGGAUCUGGACAUAAAUCUUAUCGAGCAAGACGCGAUUAGAAAAGAGACGGGCGUCGCGCCAUUUCAAACGGAAGAUGGGAUGCGGUGCACGACAGAUUUCAAGCCAAAGUCGCAGGAAUCGCACGGCGUGUGCUAUACCCCGGAAAGGCUGGUCAGGUCGCAAAAGUACCGGAUACUAACGCCAUCGCCUCGUUAUUUAUCCAUCUCUCAAGUGAGAGACGUGCCAGAAAAUCCAUGGAAAACAUCCUUGUACCGCCGGCGAUUGAACUAUCUUAUCGACUCGAGCCAAGAUGGUGCAAUGCAACUGAAAGCUCUCAUGAAUCCCAAUCGGAAAGAGAUCGUGGUGCCGACGAUCGACCUGCAUCGUUGGAGGAAAUACGAACGUGUCUACAACGUUAAUAAAGGGACGAUUGGCGAUGAAGACGAAACGAAAAAGGAAGAUGUGUCGAGUCAUUCGGAGAGCCUAGACAUGUCCGAUCAUUCGUUCAGCAAGAGAUCGAUUUACGAAAGAUUGAACGACACGUGGCAAAGCUGCGACAAGUUGAGGACACGCAACUCUGGUCAUUCUGAAACGAGUCUGUUCAAAGACACUUCCGGUAUCCAAAGCAAUUCUCUCUGUCUCAGUGAUGAGUUGGCGACGACGAAUCACAUGAUCGACACCACGCAGGAAAAAUGUUCUACCACCAACGAGGCGGUGUCGAUUUUUCAAACGCUCGACACAAAUCGCGAGGAAGCUGCGGUUCUUCUUGAGGAAGAUCCUUUCUACGACAGCAUGUCUACGCACGAUCGAUUGACCAGGUUGGCCCUGGCAAUCGAAACGGACGAGAAUAUGUCGGCAAUCCUUGAAAAAGAACCGCUAGUCCAUCUUCAAAACAAAAUAAAGAAACUUCAAGAUAGCAACAAAGAUAUUUAUAGAGAUAUAUCUGAGCUUCGGAAAAGCUUUCAAUGUGACGAAGAGAAAAUGGCAGAUGUUUUGCUCAAUACAAGUAAACUGCGACAAGAAGUACAUGAUCUACGAUAUCUCGACGACCUUUUGAACCUCUUACGGGGAGAAUUGGAAAGGAUCUCGAAAAGGAAUUGGCCAUUUGUUAUAGGACGUACAAAUGAUCAUUCGGAGGAAAUGAAUCUCAUCGUGUGAACGAUACAAAAUUAUUUCCACUGUGGAAUAUAGCAAAAAGUUUUUCAACAUUACGAAAUAAUACCUCGUUACUUAAAAUAUUUUUAUAAGAAUAUACAAACACGCCAGAAGUGUUUUACUGCCAUUGUUAACUCAUGAUGAGAUAAAGUUGCAAGAUGAAUUUAUAUAAUAAAUUUUGCAGUUUCUUUUGUAUAACUGACUAGUAACAUAAAUUUUAGAUGAUAUAGCAUAUAGUUGGUUCUACGAGAGAAAAUUUUUCCAUAACGUUGUGUUUAUCUAAAUCAAAUGAUUAAUAAAUAAGAAUGCGUGAAAUUUCUAUAAAAAUGAAUUUCUAUAUUUCUAUUUCUAUUUGUAUGCACAAAUAGAAAUUAAACGUAUAUUUUAGAGAAUAGAAUUUUAAGAAAUAUAUUCUCUGGAAUAUGAAAAUAAUACAUUACUUGAAUACAUUUUUUCCUUUUGAAAAAUUUAUUAUUAUUAUUUGUAUAAUAUAUUUUUAUAUGUAUAUAGUCGCAAAUCCUUUUGUGAUUUAAUAACUUGUACAAAAUUCUCAUAUUUCUAUUAUUGAACUGUUGCCAGUAUUAGUAUCAGUACUUAAUCAAUAUACCACAGGCAGGUAUCAUUUAUUUAAAAUUAAUACUUAAAACAAAUCUAGUUCUAAUUUUGGAUUUUGUUUAUAUAGUUGUUUAACAAUAAUUACAAUUAAUAAAACGUUUAACAUUCCUUCUUGAUUACUAUAAAUAUCAUCAUUAAUUUUAGGUAAUUAUC